AUGGUUCCUGGCAGGCUCAAGAUGCUGCUCUGGGCGCGCCGCGACCGAUUCGAUUGCGGCGGCCGCGUCUUCCGAAGCAAUGGCGGUCCCGUCACCCUGCGAGGCACCUCGAGCGCUGGGGCGGUGGCCGCCGCCGAGGCCGCCGCCGUGGCGGCGACGGUCGCCUCGAAGCCGUCCACGGCACGGUGGCUGCAGCGACGCGCGAUGUACAACCCGAGGAGGGGGGGGCUUGCGGACGGUAUCGAUGUCCCCGCUGCUGUGGCGCUCGCCGCGCUCCGCACUUUCGGCUUUGACACGAGUGCCGGGCUGGGGAGGGAGGAGGAGGCCGGCCUCUUGCAGGAGGCAGGCCUGGGUGCCCGGGGGGCAGGAUCACGCCCACGCACGGGCAGCCAAUCCGUGCGAAGCCGGGACCCCCGAGUCGUACGCUAG